CAUUUAUCAGUAUUACCGAUAAGGUGGAGUUUAAAGCGCACAAAAAUGGAAGCAAUGCAAAAUAAAUUUUUACUAAUUGUAGUCUAUUUUUUACAAUAAAUGUUCUGAACUGCAUAUACGGAAUGCAGUUCAGUUCACCUUGCAAAGACUUGGAAAUGAGAAAACCAAAGGAAGAAUUUUUUGAGCUGAUUGCUAAAUUUCAAACACCAAAUGCAAAUCCUAAACUCAUAAUGAAAGAUAUCACGGAUGUUUUGAAUAGUAUCCCCAACCACAUUGAAGACGUUAAAAAUUAUUGUGGAGAAGAAAAAACAAAAGUUAUAGAAAAGCUUGUAAAGUUGCAAAAUGAUAUAAAAUUAGUGCAUGAUGUUAUAAAGCUGAUUGAUGAUGAGAAAUAUGAAGCAGCUAAAGAAAUGACUCAGAGUAUUAAAUGCAUUUUUAUAAUGCAUUAUUUAGUACAAAAAUACGUGAACGAUCACGAUAACUUUGAUAAAAUAUUGGAAAUGCUCAAAAUAAUGGAUGAUAUGAACGCUAUUAACUUAAUUAACGAUGCUUUUAUUUAUGCAAUAAAUGAUUCGAAUAUCCAGGAUAGCGAAAAAAUCAUUUCUCUUAUGGAAAAACAAAUUGUUGAUAAUAAUGCAACGGCGUCUGCAGAAGAUAUAUUAUUUGCAAAGCACAAUAUGAAAGAAAUGGUUCAACGGAAUUUUCACGAUUGUUUUAAAUGUCUUGCAGCACUAUACAGAGUUGAUAAUUAUUUGGCUGAUCAAGCAAUGUAUUAUAUAAUAUUCCAUAAUGUGACUGAAGAUAAUUAUAUACCAGCAUUUGAUAAAACUCUAGCUGCACCUAAUAAGCACUUAAAGAUUUUUGGUUUGAGGGCCAUUUAUGACAAACUUUACGAACUCGGUAUGGAACACGGACUAAUAUUAGGAAAAGUUUUAAUACUGACUAAUAGUUUGAUUAAAGAUGAUGAAUUACAGAGCGAUCCUCUGGCUUCGGACAUAGCAAAGUCCAUGCUCAAGGAUGCAACCGAAUUUGCAAAAAAUGUUAUGACAGGAUAUAAUUGUCAAGAUGUAACUUUGGUUGAAUCUAUUAUAUUUGGUAAAAAAGAAGAAACUAUUUCCCAACAUAAUGAUUCCAUGGUUCUUUUUGAUGAAGAUCAAUCAGAAGAUUUGUCUAAUGGUAUAUUUGUAGAAAAACCUGAUGGUGAUUUUUUGAUGAUCACGGUACAAAGAGAAUUUCAUGGAUAUAAUGUUGCAUUUUCAGUACUUAUUAAAAAUGCGGAUUACCCUGAAAAUAUACACAUGAAAGGCACAAUUGUUUCAAGAAAAGUUAUAGAAAAAAUACCUGCAACUUGGGAGGAAAUCCAUGCCAUGAAUCCUCCACCAAUUGUAAAAUUAUGCUCUCCGUUUAGUAAAACUUUUAUGUUACCAAUGGAUAAACAUUCCGAACAUAGGAAGCAAAUGUAUGAAAACUAUAGGCAUUUUAUUGGAAGUUUAGAAUUCAGAAGAGGAACUCUCAAUCAUUAG